AUGGCUGAUCUAUCCAACCAACAGGGUGCGAAGAUUACCGUGCACUGGCUAAACAAAUCCCGCGGCCAACGCAUAGUCUGGCUCCUCGAAGAACUGCACCUAACCUACGACAUCGCCGUCUACAAGCGCGACGCCAACAAGCGCGCGGGCCCCGAACUCAAAGCCAUCCACCCUUUGGGAAAAUCGCCCACGGUGAGCAUCCGGCCCGCAGGCGCAGACAAGGACAUUGUGAUUGCGGAGAGCGAGGCGAUUGUCGAGUACAUCUGUGAGCAUUUUGGGAGGCAGUUGAUUCCGAGGAGGUAUCCGGAGGGGAAGGAGGGGGUUGUCGGCGCGGAGACGGAGGAGUGGAUGCGGUAUAGGUUCCUAAUGGCCUACACCGAAGGCUCCCUCUUCACAAUCCUCAUAACCGCCCUAAUAACCUCGACCCUAAAGUCCUCGCCCGUCCCCUUUUUCCUCAAACCCAUCACAUCCGCCGUCGCCAGCAAAAUCGACUCUUCCUUCGUCGACCCCGAAUUGAAGUCUCAUUUCGAUUUUCUCGAAAAUUACCUCCUCGAAUCGCCGUCACAAGGCAAAUUCUUCUGUGGCGACGACCUCACGGCCGCGGAUAUCAUGAUUCAUUUUGGACUGGAGGGUGCGUGUCAGAGGGUGGGGUUGGGGGAGAGCAAGUAUCCGAAGCUGUAUGAGUAUAUGAGGAGGUUGCAGGGGAGAGAGGGGUACGUUAGGGCGGCCAAGAGGGUGGAGGAGGUGAGUGGGGAGAAGUUUGUGCCGUUUAGUGAUGCCAAGUUGUGA